AUGGCUAACGAGUGCCAUAUUGCAAUUUCGUUCAUAAACAUAACUGAAUCUUGCAUAUCUAUCUAUCUAUCUAUCUAUCUAUCUAUCUAUCUAUCUAUCUAUCUAUCCCUAUUCAUCUCUCUCUAUAUCUGUCCUUGUGCAUAUCUAUCUAUCUAUCUAUCUCUGCUCAUAUCUAUCUAUCUAUCUAUCUAUUCUCCUAUCUAUCUAUCUAUCUAUCUCUGCUCAUAUCUAUCUAACCAUCUAUCUUUGCUCAUAUCUAUCUAUCUAUCUAUCUAUCUAUCUAUCUAUCUAUCUAUCUAUCUAUCUAUCUCAUCUUUAAUCUAUUCUCUCUUGUUCGCUUGCCCGGCUUUAAACAUCAUAUUCAUAAAUCAGUCAUUGUUAUUUCGACAAAACAUCUACCCUGUCACUUUCUUUCAAAUUCAUUUCUUCUUCAUUCUUUUUUUUUUUUUGCGCUUUACUCCCUAA